UAUAACGCUUCUACAUUCGAUUGUUUCCCAUUAACUUUUUUAAUUGAAAUAACAGUCGAUGCAUCACAGUGAUUUUGACUCAAAUUCAAUCUCUCAGCAAUUCCCAAAGUCACCACAUUGCUGGGUUUCUUCAGGGCAAGUCUCUAGGGUUCUUCUCUGAAUUUGGUCAGGUGUAAGCUAAACAAGGGUAUGGCAUCGGCAGAGUGUCAACCAUAUUCUGUUUCGGAGUACCAUUUCGUAGAUGACAAGGAUGAAUGUGUCUCAUUUCAUGUAUUGCCUGUUCAAUGGAGUGAUGGUGAGAGACUGGAUGGUGAGAAAGUAGAGAUUUUUCUGCAUGGAACCGCUGAUAAUGGGGGGAAUUUAUGUAAGCAUGUUGUUGCAUGGAAGUUUGACAUUUCGAGUGAAGAGCCCGAGAUAUUGGUUCUCUCUGAGGAAAAUAGUUGGAUCAAGCUUGGGAAGCCGAGGAAGAGCUUUGAGGACACUGUUAGGUCGAUCUUGAUAACGGUGCACUGCCUUCACUAUGUGAAGAGAAGUCCUGAAAAAUCCAGAGAAUGUGUGUGGAAUCACCUAUCUGAAGUUUUCAGGUUGUAUGUGGUCAGGCCUUCUCAAAGUGAUCUGGUGGAUCACAUGCCUCUAAUCAGUGAUUGUGUUAACAGAUAUCGUGCCCUAGCGGAUUCCAAGUUUUUGGCCAAACUUUUUGAAGAGAAGACAAUGAAGAGGAAACUCUCUGAUGAGGAUACUGAAGCUAGAAAGAAGCUCAGAAUUAUGAUCGAUGAUGUAAAAGAUGAUAUGAUUCAUGCAGAAGAUGAGGAUAUCGAUAACCUGUUUGGUGACGUCUGUGCUUUAUGUGACGAUGGUGGCAAGAUCAUUUGUUGUGAAGGGGGGUGCCUAAGGUCUUUUCAUGCAACUGAGGAGGCGGGUGCCGGAUCUUAUUGCAAAUCUCUUGGCUUUAUGCAGGAUUAUGUUGUUGGGAUGCAAAAUUUCUACUGCAAGAACUGUGAAUAUAAACAGCACCAGUGCUUUGUUUGUGGGAAGUUAGGUUCCUCUGAUAAGUCCUCAGGUGCUGCUGAGGUGGUUUCCUGUGUAUCCCCAAACUGUGGUCGAUUUUACCAUCCACAUUGUGUUGCAAUAUUACUUUACCAAGAUAAUGGAGUUCCUGCUGAAGAACUUGAGAGAAAGAUUGCUGGUGGGGAAUCUUUUACUUGUCCACUUCAUAAGUGCUGCAUUUGUAAACAAGGAGAAAAUAAGAAGGAUAGUGAGUUACAAUUUGCUGUGUGCAUGCGUUGUCCAAAAUCGUACCACAGGAAAUGCCUGCCAAGGGAGAUUGCUUUUGAAAAUCAAGGAGAAAUGCUAGAAGGGAGAUCAAUAAUAAGAGCUUGGGAUGGUCUAUUACCUAACCGUAUACUCAUAUAUUGCACAAAACAUGAUAUAGAUAUUGAAUUUGGAACUGUAAGAAGGGACCACGUAAAAUUCCCUGAUGUCAAACAGAAUAUGAGCACUCUCACAAAGAAGAAGAAGAAGAAGAAGACUAUUUUAGAGGAGAAGUGGAAGCCAAUAUCAGAAUUCCUUGUGUACGGAGACAAAGUUGUGACUAAGAGAAAUAUUUCCUUGGAAAAAUCAUGCAGGGAUAAAAAUGCUCCUACAGCACUUAAGACACAAAAGCCAUAUGUUCAAGAGAAGAAGACUAGGAAACUUAUGUCAGAGCAGAAACCUGUGUCUAAGAAGAGAGAUUCUUCUUUGGAAGAAUCCGUUGGGGAAGGAAGUGAUCCUGUACUAUCCACACUAGUCAAGCAGAAGCUUUAUUCAGUUAAAGAGAAGAAGGCUACUUUUGUAAAAGAGAAAACUUUUGUUGAAGAGAAAGAAAGCCAACUGACAUCAACGGUCUCUGUAGACAGAGAAAAAGCUGUGUUGAAGAGAACUCCUUCCUCUGAAGGACUAUAUAGUGAGAAAAGUGCUCGUACAAUAUCCAAGAAAAAACAGAAGCCAUCUUUUGUUGAAGAGAAGAACAAUGACCUUGUAAAAAAGAAAACUGAUGUUGAAGAGAAGAGGAAACAGACAUCAGAGUCCCUUGUUGAGAAAGAGACAGCUGCGUCCAAAAAGAAAAAUCCUUCCUCUAAAGAAUCCUAUAGGGAAAGAAAUGCUUCUACAACUCCCAAACAGAAGCAGAAGCCAUCAGAGCUCACUGUAGAUGGAGAUGAGGCUGGGUCUAAGAAGGGAAGUCCUUUGGAAGAAUCAUUAAGUGCAAUUGCUUCAACUGUACUGAAGCAGAAGUCGACUUCUGCCGUGAAGCUGGGUAGUAACAAGAAUAGGGAAAAGACGUUUUCUGGUAUAGAUAUUUCAAGGAUGGUGAAACGAAAUAAUUCACUGAAAAAUGAACGUCAGGCUUCCAUGUCUGAGAAAAUCAAGACCUCACUGGGUGAAGAGCCAUUUUCUUCAAUGGAGUCUGAGCAGGUGAAGCUCGGGAACCUGGAUACACCUGAUGCUAAUACAGUUAGUGAGAUACACAGGGAAAUGCCACCACAUACUGUAUGUGGUGACGAUGGAAAUCAGCAUCCUAACCCCAGCAAGUCUCGUAUGCACUGUGCUCAUGCUAACGGUCGAGUCCAAUUCAAAAUUCCUGAUGAUGCAGGCAGAAGGUGCACCACGAGUAAUGAUGAGCCUCGUUCGAGUGUUACCAAUCCUAGGUCUGGCAAUGCGAAAGGGUGCAAGAGGGAGAACUCGAGAAAACCAUAUUCAAAUGGGACGAAACAGAAACAGAAACUGAGAACAGAAUUUGACAGAGUCCCACCGGCUUGCAUUAAAGGGAAGCAGGAUCCUAUUUUUUCAAGAGGCAAUGAUCUAGCGGGCCAAAAUUCAGUAUAUGACCAUAUUAGGACGUUCUCAUCUACUUUUUACAGCCAUACAGGUCCUGUUGCUGACUCGUUAUCUACUAUCAACAGAUUAGCUAUGCCAUCAGAUGCAACUAAAUUGGUUGGUCCAAGAGCACCCCAACCUGAUUACCUGGAUAGGUGUAUGGGUUUCGCUCCUGGUCCGCACCUGAACUAUUCACUACAGAAUUCAGCUGGUUGGAUCGAUGAGUAGUUGCAUUCUUUAGUGGUUUCUUUGGUGAAUUGUACAGAAGACCUGUAAGGUUACAUGUCUUGGUACUGUAGCGCCUGCGGAUUUAUUUUUAUUUUAUAUUUACCUAUAAGAACAAUUUUGAGUACCUUCAAUUUUCUUUUCCUU